AUGGAUAGACCCUCAGGCGCUCUCGCCGUUGACGCCAAUGGCCACGCCAGCUAUUCUUUCCCCAUCACCGUCCCCUCUGGUAUGGGGCAGGGAAAUACUCCCAAGCUCAGCCUGCAGUACUCGCAGACCCGCGAUGCUGCCGGCACUUGUGGCCUCCGCUGGGCGGUUGCGGGCUUGUCUUCCAUCGAGAGAGUUGCGCCAUCUCGCGCGAUCCGCCAGCACCCAGACUUCCUCGCCGGCAAGGAGGUGCCCGUUCCCUGGCGCCUAGCCGUCGAUGGGGCAGAGCUCAUCUGCUUCCAGGGUUCCUAUGGCACGAGCGACGCGCGGUACUGUACCCAGGUCGACGCGGGCCAGGUCGUCACAUCUCUGGCAUCUGGAGGCUUCCAGCUCCUAGAUACUGAUGGCCGCACGAAAGAGUACGGCACCACGCCGGACAGUCGCCUGCUGCCCGGUCAAUGGCGUCUCAGCAGAACUACAGACGUUCACGGGAACACUGUCACCUACCACUAUUCCCAGUCUCCUGGUCUGGCUGCUGGAGGCUCUCGUCCGCCGUCAGAGAAAGAAUCAUCGUCGACGUGGUCUGCGCAAGUGUCGUACAUCGACACCAUCCAGUACACCAGCAAUCCCCGCAACGACUACAAGGGCCGUUGUUGGUUGACUUUCCUCUACAACACCCGCCCAGAUCGUGCCGUUGUUGUCCGCCAUGGUCAGCUGUGCAACAUUGGCUACAGGCUCGAGCGCAUCGAGGCUCGUGUUGGCAGUCCUGACAGCGCCCAACAGUCAGAUCUGGCCAGGGCCUUUGAUCUUACCUACAAGUUGUCUCCUGCCAGCGGCGAGUCUCUUCUCGCCUCCAUCACCGAGCGCGGCUCAAAGAACAACGCGCUUACACCGACUACCUUCACAUAUACCACGGCUGAUGACUCGGCCACCGGAACAUCGCCUUUCGCCCAGGAUCCGGCCGGUGCCUUCACCCUGCGUACUGGCGCCGCCCCUGCCGCUAUCCUCCCUCUUGAUACCACAGGUCGCGGCUACAGUGACCUCGUCUGUCUUGAGCUGCCUAGUCCCAGCGGCCUCUUCCAAGUGCGCACUUUGGCCGCGAUGCCUUCACACCAACAGCAGUCCUCUCAGAUGUAUACACCACCAAAACUGGAGUGGCCUCACGACAAGAACCUCGGCAUGGAUGCUGGGCACGCUCCAGUCCAGUUGCCGUGGACAGACGUUAACAACAUCCCCGAUAUUCUAGUGGCCGAUCUCAACCACGAUGGCCGUUCGGACCUCGUUAUCCCGUACAGAAAUCCCCAGAGAAAUGCCCUGUCAUUUGCCGUCCUGCGCGCCAACGGCCAAGGGUUCGACAAGCCCAUCAUCAUCACGUCCGGUUUCGCCUGGCAACACGGCAGUCGCUUCUUGCUCGCCGAUUCCACUGGUGACGGUCAGAUAGAUAUAUUGCAAAUGAUCACUGAUCAUGGUGCUCGCACCUACUCCCUCCGCACCUUUUAUGAUGUGGCCGCCAUGAUAACGCGGCCCAAAGCCAUCCCUCCGUCACGCCAGUCACCUGCGUGGCCGGUAAGAGGGCUUACCAUCGAACAUUUUGUCUUCCAUAACGACACGACCUGCGCGCCAGCUCUCGUCCACGUAAUGGAAGGUUCCGCCGGUGUUGGGUCUCGAUGUUUAUGGGUAGACGUCAUCAGCAUGGGCUCUAUGCAGCACGUUUCGGAAGGACAAGCCUUCAGCCUCCUGAGCUCCCAGCCCAUCCUGACUUACGUGCCCGAGGACAAGGUCCGGCGCUCGACGGCCGUCUGCGACGUCAACGGCGACGGAUGUCUGGAUAUCGUUGUCUGCACCGCACGCGUUGCCAGCUGUGGCGGCGGAGAUACUGCCACCUUCACCAUGACCACAACGACUUUUCUCCACGACUCCAACGGCAACUUUGCGCGGCAGCCCGAGCAGACCUCUGUCGUCACUUCGGCGAAACCGAUGGACCUGGGCCGCGUCUAUGCCGUGAACCCCUCCAGCGCCCGUUUUGGUGGCAUUGCCUACGCAUACCCGAACGCCGACAAUAAGACCUGGAAUUGUAUCUUGGCCGUCGGUAACAGUAACGGCCAGCUGAGCUCAUUUCAAGCCCUCUCACAGCCUCUGGUCCAGACCGGCGGCGCCUCGCUGGGCGAUCCCGCAGACCAACUACACCUGACGCCUAUUGAUCUGAACGGGGUGUCGCGCUGUGGAUGGCUCGCCUACUCUUUAUACGACAAUCACGCCGUCAUCCGCCCCAUCUACAACAACGUCCAGCUCUCUGACCACCUCCAAAGCGUGACCAGUCCGAUCGGUUUACGGUCCACAAUCGAAUAUGGCUCCGCCACGCGGGCCGAGGUAUACGAGUCUGGUGUCGAUUACAAGACGUACCGUCCUGCCGGCGACGAUGAGAAUGUGCGCUGUAUCGCCAUCCCGGCCUACCUCGUGACACGCGUCCGCGAGGAUAACGAUGCCAGCGUCAAUCCGCUUCCUUACUCUGCCAACUACGAGUACAAUUACCACAACGGUGCUUUUGACGUCAAGAGAAGAAGUUGGUCCAGCUUUGAGAAAGUCUCGCGCACCGAGACCGUGUCUGGCGUGCGUGCUCUCACGGCCUACUUCCAGGAAUGGCCUCUCUGCGGACUUGUCAAGACCCGCGACACGUACGGCAGCUCUCCAACAGCGCUCCAACGACGUAUCAAGGGGCUGGAAACGAGUCACCAGUCAACGUGGGCCGGGGACGAACUGAUCCUGCUCAAGUCCGUCUCCAACAGCUUCGAGGCAGUUAAGCGGAGUGGCAGACCCGCCUGCUAUAUUGUUAGACAGAAAUCCAGAGCAAGGACUUACUUUGAUGAUUUGGGCAAAGUGGCGGAGCGCCUCUUGAUGACGGAGUUUGGGUAUGACGGCGAGUCGAGGGAUAGGUCGGUAGAGUACUCGUAUGAGAUCAGCGAGCCCACCAAGAAUAAGACGCGGCUCGGAGAGCGGUGGACGUUGAGCCAGUACGCUCCCACCACUCGGUUGGGCGUCCAAGGCCUUACCGCUGCCAGCAAGGUGACCUCCAACGCGGCAAGCAACGACUUCAGCACGUACUCGUCCUCAGAUCUCAGUCUGACUCAGUUCGUGUACAAUGACCAAGGAUUCAUCACGACACAGCGUUUGUGGUCUUCGGACUCUCAGCAAUUCGUCGAAUCCACCCUUGGAUAUGAUGCUUUUGGCAAUCUGCUGGCCGAGACCAGCACUACCGGUCUUUCGACGGUGAUGACAUAUGAUGACCUCUACCCCCAGUAUGUCGUCGGAACCACACUCAAGGGAACAGGCGUAGAUUUCAAGACGGCUUACGCGUGGGACGCAAGGUACGGCGUCGUGUCGGCUCACAUGUCGGAGAAGGGCGUCAUCCAGACCACCACCGUGGACGAGUGGGGCCGGGAGCGGACCAAGGCGAUCACCGCGACCAAGUCCGACACGGACGACUUCAAGUGGGACGGAGGACCGGCCGGGACGAGCGUCAAGAGCCAAGACUUCGGCAAGAUACUAGAGACUUCAAGACUCUGUCGUUACCAAGAGACAUCAUACGCGACGACCAACACUGACCCGGUGACCUCGAAGCCGGCACCCACAAAAUCCGUGGCCAAGUUCGCCGGUCCGUCUUCGAUGCCGGUGUUACCUGCCACUCACUUCGUGGACUGCAAGGGCCGCAACCGUCGCAGCGCGGAGCAGUUGGACGCGGAAAGCAGUGGCGGCGGCGGUGUGGCCUCCAGCAGGUCGUGGGCGUUCUUCGAGUACGACACGGGAAACAAUCCCGUCGUGAGGAGCACCUUAUACGCGCCCGAUCCCUCAAGCUGGAGUACGGCCCCCGAGAACUCCCGCUCGACACUCUCCGUCUUCGAUGCCCUCGGCAGGGCGGUGCUGCUCGUACGGCCGGCAAGUAACCCCGCCGACGGGUUUACGGCUAUAGACGCCGUCUAUGGCCGGGGCGGGUCUACUCGCACGACCCACUUCAGCACCGCCGCGCUGAUCGGGGAUUUUUCCACGCCGGUGAGUACCAGGUCCAUCAUUGAGACGGAUUAUCAGGAGUUUGCCAGCGUGGACGGCAAGGACAAGAUCGUUCUGUCACGGAACGGCAGCGGCCAAGUCAAAACAUGGAAGUAUGAUGGGCGGGGCCGGCUCGUAGAGCUCACCGAUGCAGGCGGCCGCGUCGAACAGCGCAAGUAUAACUCUCUAGGCUGCGUCAUCGAGAUCAACGACCCAUAUCAGAACCCGCUUAAGAGAACGAGGGGUCUGACACGCUCCUAUGACGCGGGCGGCCGUCUCGUUAGGGAGGUCAACGUGCUCGGAGAGGCCCUGGAGCGAACGUACGACGCGGUGGGAAGAACGGUCGAAAUCGUCGGCAAAGACCCUAAGGGCGGUGUCAUGCGAACCACGAGAUUCCGGUUCGACGAGCCGGGUACCGGCAAGGGCUUGCUCGCCGGCGUUACGAUCGAGUGCAGUCCAGACACAGUCGACGCGGCCGGGACGUCGCGGGCGGUGCGGAAGCUCGAGUACGAAUACACCUACGACGAAGCGGCGCGUAAAACGGGCCAAUCCCUCAAGUUGACGGGCGACGUACCCUUUUGGGAUGGUUCCAAAUUUGUAGUGCUCAACUCGACAUGGACGUACGACAGUCUGGGCCGCAUCCUGACCCAGACGCUGCCCGAUUCGACGACGGUGAACUCGACCUACGCUGGACUUAGGCUGGCCCAGAAGAAGAUGCAGGCCCCUCCUGUUGACGGCAGGCAGAGCGGCUGGGACAUAUCUGCAUCUACGACUGCAUUCAGCGAGUCGGGCACACCUACAGCCUGGACAGUCCGUGGUUCCGAGUUGGCUCAGGGCGGGUGGCACCAUGAGGUUGCGUUUGACAAGCUGGGCCUGCCAACCAGGAUGACUUUACUGGAAGGACAAAAGCAGGGUCAGGGUAAGAGGCUGGUCGAUAAUAACCUGGUGUAUAACGCCCUCGACCAGGUAAGCAGCCUUAACGAGAGUGUCAGCGGCUCAUCCAUCGCGUACGACUACAUUGAUCGGCGACUGGUCGCGUCACACAGUGCCGAAGGUAUCCACCGCAAAUAUUCGUACAGCUCGUCGGGAGAUUUGACAGAAAAGGACGGUAUGUUACUGAGCUACUCAUCGCACGAGGAUUUCACCCGAAUCGAAGGCUCCCGGGACGGCAAGACGAUCUUCUGGUCCACUUCGGACGCUGCCGGUCGUCUGACGACGCGCAAGAAUGGUGAUGGCCCCGAGAUGAGCUACACCUACGACGAGAAUGGCAAAAUGAGCUCUGCGACAAGCUCGAAGGGGUCAUCAAUCAUGUUCUCGGAUCACGGCCUCUUCACCGUCGUUCGACAAGCCCCUGACGGGUCCAUCGAGAUCAAUGCGGGCCCAGACUACCAGGAGAUUCUCAGCAAGGACGGCUCGAAGACCGUCAAAAAGGACUUCAAAUUUCCAGAUCAGACAGCAGUCACAGUUUGGACCAAAAUCAUGCCGUCCGUGGCUGGGUCCCCUCCGAUAGAGGACCAAAAAUCACGGAAAUUCCAAGUGCCCAUGACGAACCACAAAGGGAGCAUAACGCACGUCUUUGACGGCUCCGACAGGCGUCUGAUCAGACAAAUCACUUACGACGACUACGGACAGGCGAUCAAGUCAACCGGGAGCAAGACUUCGCGCAGCUCUCGUGAGUUCGAGGGAGCCGUCAUGGACGACUUGAGCGAGCUGCUGGACUUUGGGGCGCGCAUGUACGACCCCAUUGUAGGCCGCUUCACCACCCCGGACUCCAUCCUCACCCUGCGGCAGACGCUAUAUCCGGACGGCAUGAACCGCAUGGCUUUCGAGAAUAAUGAUCCAGUCAACCAUACGGACCCAACUGGGCAUUUCUCGUGGAUGUUCUGGGUCGCAAUCGUGGUCGGGGUGCUCUUGAUCGCGGCGUUUAUCGUCCUUACUGUUGUGACGUUGGGCGCGGAUCUUCCAAUCCUUGCUGCGAUUGGGUUAGGCGCCGCGUCAGGCUUCCUGUUAGGCGCCGGCAUGGCGUCGGUCACGUACGCGUGGAAGCACCGCAACGUCACGGACGCGGGUACCUUCUUCAAGGGCUGGGCGGUCGAGGUGGCCAUCGGAGGCGCCGUGGGAGCCGUAACGGGCGCCAUCACGGGCGGACUGGGCGCGUAUUGGAGUGGGGCGGGCUUCAUGACCAAGGCGGCGGCGGGUAGCCUCGAGACGGCGGCGGCAGAUGCGGGGCCGACGGCUGGGAGCGCUGUAUCCGACCUUAGCGACGUGGUAGCCCCCGAGGUCGCCGAGGACACCAGCGCCAAUGCCAAUAUGCUCGUCGAACAGGAGCAGGAAGCCGCCGGUCUCGCCACGCGCAGGUCUGAAUCGCUCGUCGACCCGGACGAGCCAUUAAUAUCGACAUCACGCGUUGCGCGGUCCAAUACCAGCACCAACUAUGGGGCGACGGCAGCGUCAGAUGGAGCGCAGGGAGCGAAGACGUCGGCGUUGGCUGAGGCUACCGGCGGCGCGGCACGUCCCAGCCCGAGCGUUCUGGCCAUGAAGCAAUUCGCACUCCGUCUAGGCUUGAACCCAAGCGCCAACGUCGGUCAGAACUUUGCUACUAACGCCGCUGACAAUUGGGCAUAUGGCACCCACAACGAGGUGACCUCGCUGGACCUGGUGAUGGAUAUCAUGACCGGCGCCCUCACCGCUGGUUUGCCAGUCGCCCAGAAUACGCAGGUGUUCAGGGGAGCUACGACCGCCGUCGGAACCUGGGCGAAAGGUUUCGGCACGCUCGGGCGGGUGGGCUUAGGCGCCGCGGGGGCGACCAUUUUGGCGACUGUGGGUGGCAUAGCACAGCUUGUUGACCAGUUUCUAUAUAAUUUUUAG